GCGAGAUGGGAGACCCUGGAUAAUAUCUGAGUUUCUUUGAAGUGAAGGCUGCAUAGAUCAGGCAAAGUCUAAUUGAACUAAAGGCACUCUUUUUUGAAGUAGAUAUACUUUUCCCCUGGCUAAGCAAUUUCCUGGUUGAGGUUUUUAUCACUUUCCAGCACCUGCUUGCUUCAGAGGGCGACACUUCAGGGAUUACACUGAGGAAGUGCCAAGAGCCAGCAUUUCUCACUCCCCUCUUGCCCGCCUCCGCCCCCUGCACUGCUGCACACACACACCCCAAUAUAGAAUGACAGCACGCUGCCACAGUUUAAAUGACACUGCCUCUGCCUCUUCAGAAGGACGGGUCCUUCAGAGAGCACCAGCCACAACAGCUGCCUAAACUUGUGAAAAACAUCAUCAUGGCAUAUAAAGCAGCACAUCUGGCUUUUAAGUCGCGCUGGCACAAGACAGAUGAAGAACUCUGUCGCCACAGCAUGUCAUUUGACUUGCAUAAGGCAAUCCAGAAUGACUUCUUUCAGUGUUACCUUUAUCUGCUGGAAACUCUUCCCCUGGUGAAACUUUACGCUUUAACAAGUCAAGUUAUCAAUGGGGAGAUGCAGUUCUACGCCAGGGCCAAACACUUCUACCAGGAGGUACCAGCCACAGAAGAGGGCAUGAUGGGAGACUACAUUGAGCUCUCCAAUAUAGACAUUGAAUCCUCCAGGGAGUUUCUCAGGAAGUUUGUUGGGGGGGCGGGGAAAGCUGGCACCAACCGUGCCCUGGACUGUGGCUCUGGGAUAGGUCGGAUCAGCAAGCAUGUCCUGUUACCAAUUUUCAAGAGUGUGGAACUGGUGGAUAUGAUGGAAAAUUUCCUGGCUGAGGUCCCGAACUACCUGCAGGGCGAGGAGGACAGAGUAGAAAUGUAUUAUUGCAAAAGCCUCCAGGAAUUCACUCCAGCCCCACAAAGAUAUGAUGUCAUCUGGAUUCAGUGGGUUUCAGGAUGUCUGACAGAUAAAGAUCUCCUGAAGUUUCUCAUCCGGUGCCAGAAAGGCUUGAAGGAUAAUGGUGUUAUCAUUCUCAAGGACAAUGUAGCAAGGGAGGGCUGUAUCCUGGAUUGUCUGGACAGUAGUGUGAUCCGAGACCUGAACAUCCUCCGCAGCCUCAUUGAAAUGAGUGGACUCAUCAUCCUGCAAGAGGAGAGGCAGGAGGGAUUCCCUGAGCAAUGUGUCCCUGUCUGGAUGUUGGCCAUGCAGAAACGCCCUGCCCAUUCCUGAUUGCAUAAUGGCAGCAAAGACUGGACUGAUUGCAUAAUGGCAGCAAAGGCUGGACUACGGAUGAAUGACAGGGCUGGGGAGGACAAAGGGGAAGAAAAGCACCUGCUAGAAUACUACUACCUAUGUACUGCUACCACUGUAAUUCUAAGGCAGCAACUUCUGAAGGAUCCAGAGAGAAUUACAAUUGAGCCAGCUUCUCCAGGCAGUAGUCUGCUUCUAAAUCCUGCCUGCUUCACCAUUUUUAAAAGACUUUCCGACAACUCCUUGUCAGAUUUCUCUUUCAUUCAAGAGCCAAUACUACAACAAAACUCAAACUAAGUAGAAAAUAAUUAGGUCUGAAGUUUCUGUAGUGGCUUAUAUGUUUUAGAGUGCUUUGUAUGAGGGGUUAACAAAUAAGCCUGUUUUUCACUGGCAACUAUAUUUUCCUGGAAGUUAAAUGAAUCUGUCAGAUCACUGAAGCAAAAUAUUCAAAUAACUUCUGGAAGACCUAACCUACCUUGCUUAUGUUUCUGCUGUAUAACAAUAGUGGUGCAUAAGGAUAUUCACGCUCCAGGGAAAAGAUUAUAUGACAUAUAAGCAUGUUUGCUUUGAAAAUUUGUGCAAAGAUUGCCCCACAAUCCACUUUCUGGAAAAUGUUUAUUCAAAAUGUUCACAGUGGAAACCACUUGAAAGCAUCUCUUUAUUAUUCAUACCACUGUAAAUUUCUUUCUUUCCCACAUUCAGAACAAAUCUGGCACCAUAUGCAGAGCUAAUGGGAUUUCAUGGGGUGUUAAUAGUUAGUAUGCAAAAAAGAACUAAUACAGUAUUGUAUUAAUUAACAACUGUACUAAAUUGCAGAGGGUGUUAGUAACCCAAAAGCAUCUAUGAUUUAUAUCCAAACAACAGCUGUAUAAGCCUGGAUUUGACAAUGCUAACACACAUACCGUCGUCUUAGAGCUCACAGAAAUUACACAUUGAGCUUCUUGUCCCUUUCAUACAGGCACAGAAAGUACUGUGGGAGGACAGAGUUCCUUUUGCAAAGAUUUUCAGAAUUUGAUAUUCUGCUUCAUUCUGAAUGAGUGCAAGAAGAGACAAUUUUGGUUUUUGUUUGAAAAUAGUCAGAAAUAGUCCUAAUUAGAAAUAUGGACAAAAUUAAAUAUUCCCAUUGAGUUAAACUUCUAAAAUAAUUCAGAUUUUAAA